AUGGAUGUGAAGACACUUUUAGCACUAGCCCAGAAUGCGGUAGACGUUGGAAAUAUAGCUGCCGCCCAGGAAUUUUACGAAGUUGCCUUAACCCGCAGUCCGAACAACAUUGAAGUAUUGGAGGCGUAUGCGGAAUUAAUGAUUCACUACGUGCAGGACAUCCCCCGUGCGAAGCAGAUGCUGCAGCACGCCAUUGCCGUUGAUCCACAGCACGGGCACGUGAAGUAUCUCAAUCUCGCGCAGCUCUGUGAUGCCAACGAGUCCCUCGCCUGUUAUCAGCGGGCCCUCGAGGUGCUGCAGGCGGAACUGCAGGCGUGCGGGAGUCGGCCGCGGCGGCGGGCUGCGCUGCGCUCGACCCUCGCGACGGUCCACUGCGCCGUGGCGGAGUUGUACCUGACGGAUCUCUGCGAGGCGGACGGGGCGGAGGGCCUCUGCGCAGCCGCCCUCGACGCCGCCGUCGCCGCCAACCCGCAGUGCGUCGAGGCCCACCAGCUGCUCGGGUCCAUGCGGCUCAGUCAGGGAAGGCCGGAGGAGGCACGCCAGCACCUCCGCCGCGCCGUCGACCUCACACACCACCUCAGCGAGAGGGAACAGCCCACGUAUGAGUCGAAGGUCGAACUCGCCAGGCUGCUCAUGCAAGUCGCACCAGAUGAGGCACAUAAAUUUCUGCUGGAGAUACUGCAGUUAGGGGAUAAUAAUCCAUACAUUUGGUUCCUCUUGGGAGAGACGGCAAGGAUGCGUAAGCGAUACAUUGACUCCGCAAGACUGCUUCGACGAGCACGGGUAAUGCUUACAAUGACUAGUGGUGAUGUAGAGGCAUUGAAAGAAGUAGACGCGGCGAUAACAGUCUUGGUAAGCGAAAUGGGUGGGCCAUCAGUGGCAGAGCAAAUCCCUGAUUUGGAUCAUCCAAAUCCUAUUGAGUUGUUGCUUCCAGAGGAAGAAGAAGAUGAUGAUAACAAUGGUGCAGGGGAUGGGAAUGCUGAUGAGGUCUUAGAUGAACCAGAGUGGGAAUCAUGCGAUGAUGAUGAUGACGAUUAA